CGACCAACUGACAGGCUGACAGACACACAGCAGUGUUCUUUCUAACUUCUCUGCCACUUCCUGUCUUCCUAUCUAGACAGGCUGACUGUUUCUUAGUUCAGGGAGUUUGUUUUAAUUGUUUUAAGCUGAGAGGUUGACUGUUGACAGUUAUCCUUCUGACUUUACAGCUCUUCCUCUCAUUCACUUGGACCUUCUGUGUUUUCAUCACUUGGAUUCUACACUCUCUUCUUAGAUUUUCCUACCUUGUUUUUUUUUUUUUCAUCUCCUCUGAGCAUACCAUCCUCUCCCUUUCCCCCUUCACCCUCUCUUGUCCUCCCAUCUCCCCACCGUUCCCUCUGUCCUGGUGGUUUUCGGGCUAUGCACCAUGCUCUCUUCUCCUACAAUGAUUCUUCAGCCUUACGGACUGCCCGUCUAUCCCCAGGGUGCCCAAUGUUACCCCAGCCUAGUACAGGGAGGCCCUGGGCAGGAGGCCUGCCCCGGCAGUGGUGACCCCACCCUCCCACAGGUCUAUGCCCAGCCUCCCUCAUUCCCUCCACCAGGACAAGCUCCUCCCAUACCUGCAGGCAGACUUCCUCCUCUAGACUAUAGUUCCGCCCACCCCAACUCAGAGUACCAGGAGCAUCACCAGCUCAGAGUCUAUCAGGGCCCGCAACACGAAGGGGCUGACACUCUGGCAGCCAUUAGCACGGACGAUGCCCUGGUUCCGGUGACCUCUGACUCCCAAGCUCUGAGCGUGUCAGUGUCAUCAGGGGGCGGAGCAGGAAGUGGUAGCGAUGAGGAGGGGUCAGGCAAGGCCCAGCCCAAGCGUCUCCACGUUUCCAACAUCCCCUUCCGCUUCAGAGACCCGGACCUCAGACAGAUGUUUGGGCAAUUUGGCAAGAUCCUGGAUGUGGAGAUUAUCUUUAAUGAGAGAGGGUCAAAGGGUUUUGGGUUCGUGACCUUUGAGAGCGCAAUGGAGGCAGACCGAGCGAGGGAAAAACUGAACGGAACGAUCGUUGAGGGGAGGAAGGUUGAAGUGAACAAUGCUACAGCCAGAAUAGUCACCAAGAAGCCCCAAACACCUCUUGUGAAUGGUGAGGUUUCAACCCCUGGAUGGAAGAUCAACCCUGUCAUGGGAGCGAUGUAUGCACCUGAACUCUACACCGGUGAGUUUCAAUUUGCCAGUUUCCCCUACCCCGUAGCUGCUCCCACCCUGGCCUAUCGGGGCUCACCACUGCGUGGGCGGGGCCGGGCUGUCUACAACACAAUUCGCUCAGCUGCUGCAGCCGCACCCACUGCCAUGCCCGCCUACCCUGGAAUGUCUCCUUUCAGUGUGCUGUACCAAGAUGGAUUAUAUGGAGCUGAAGUCUAUGGUGGGUAUCCUGCAGCGUACAGAGUUGCCCAAUCACCAUCCGCUGCCACAGCAACAUACAGUGAUGGAUAUGGCAGAGUUUAUGCUGCUGCAACGGAUCCCUACCACCAUUCAGUGGGACCCACGGCAACAUACGGCGUCGGAACAAUGGCCAGUCUGUACAGAGGAGGAUACAACCGCUUCACCCCUUAUUGAGCUGCCCAAUGGGAGCCUGGAAGCCGUUCUGUGACAGGUUAUGACAUCACUGAGCUCUGUGUCACCUCCUGUCUGACUCCCUCCACUUGGAGACUGUCAAAUCAAACCGACUGAACGUGUAAAUACUGUAGUAGUUAUUCACUAUUUAUUCUAUCAGAGAAUACAUAUAGGAUAAAGAGCCUGAUCUAAUGUAUAGACAGUUAUUUCAAAUCUUUAUUUUACACUUAAUCUGUAUUGUUUGUGCCACAGAUUUGUUCCAGGGUUUAAAAAUGUAAAGAUUUCUGCCUCCGUACCUGGGUUAUAAGCUACUCUUUCACUAUUCUAACAGAGAGAGUUGAAUGUGAGCCAUUUUAUUUUUCAUUGGCUGGACUUCAUGGUGAAAUACUGAAACUCAAGUGGCACAACAAUACUGGUUUCUCUACAUGUUGACCUUUGUAAAAAAACGUUUUUGAUCAAUGUCUGAGCUUUUGACUUUUCAAGAGUCAAAUUGUAGAGUACAAUGACAUUUUAUACAGUUAAAUUACUUAUUUUUGAUGACACUGGUUUUGUCAAUGAUGUAGAGCACUGUUUGAGGACGUUGAAGUGUGUGUGUGUGUGUGUGUGUGUGUGUGUGUGCUUGUGUGUGGGAGUAUGUGACAACAUCAAUACUCAAAGCACAAGCUAUGAGAGACAGCAAUGGCACUGGUAUUGUAAAUGUGCACAGUAAUCUUUUUUUAAAUGCUUCUAGAACCCUAAAACUAUAAUUUGCAUAAAAUGUAUGUAUGUUUUUGCUUUCCUAACUAUCUACCUCUGAUUCUAAAAAUGUUUCACUUGUCAAAAAAGCAUUCAGGAGCCAUUACUUCGCUCAACUAAUUAACUGUAACAAAACUUUUUUUCUUAUUUUCAUUGUUGAGCUUCUAUCCAUCUUCUCUCUGCUUUACAUAAUGCUCAAUGCUAAAUACUAGCUAUUCGACAAACUUCCCCAACCCACUUUCUCAUUUUUCUAUGGCAGCCUAAUUCUGGGUUUUACUUCGCUCUGCCUGACGAGCCUGUAACCUCUAAUGUGCUUUCCCUUAUUUCCUCUGUCCUGUUAAACUCUAGGACGUUGUCUGGUUUCCUCUUCCUGUCCUCUCGCCUGCUUCUCUCCAUUCUGUUUGAGAAUCUGUGUUCCAUCCAUAGAAAUAAUCAGAUGAGUUCUAGUUCUAUGGGUCAUCUCUCCUUCUCCAUCCUGUACUCUAGCUUCACUGUUGUUUAUUUGCUGUUGACCUCUCAAUAAAACAUUGUUUCUGUUUCCCUUUC